UAUCUAAUUACUAAUUUGAAAAGAUAAUCAUCAUUAAACCCUAAUAUUUUCUCCAAAAAAAAAAAAGGAAGUUCCCAAAACCCCUGCAAGCAGCCAGAGUGAGUUAUUAGUACCAAAAGUCAUCAACCACAACCAGCCACCGGUUCGCCUUGCUCAUGAACUUUGCUUCACCGUCGACUUCUCCUCUUUCACCCUCACCGGCGCCUCCAGGUUUCCGGUGAAGCUUUUUAUCCAUGAAGGAUUCAAAAAGUGAUGGUAUGAACUGGACUGGAAACAUUUACCAUAAGAUUGAAGGAAUAGUUCCAGAGGUCGUCAGUGAUAUCAUGAUUCAGGAUACAUUUAAAUACGUUGAAAACCAUGUGCAUACCGUCGGUGGAACUUUCAAGAAAUUUUGUUCUGGUGUUGUCCAAGAUUUGUUUCCUCUUUCCCUGGAUCCUGUAAAAUAUGAAGCUAAAGCAGCAGCUCCAGAUAGUAACGAUGAAUGUGAUAACUCUGUGAUGAAUAUCGUACAAAUUUCUUCGGAUGCUGAAUCAAAAGAAUCACCAGCAGAAAUUGAUGCAGUUGAUCAUGCAGAUAAGGAUCUAGGUCACAUAUCUAUUAAACACCAUAAUGAAGAUGAACUUAGAAAUGCAACGUCCAAAGAUAUUCAUGAAGAUCCAGACUCUAUAUUAGCAGCCAGGAAAAGUAAUGUUUCCUCAAAUGAAAACUCAAAGUUGAGCAAUGAUGUUGAUUCUGGAGAGGAGCAUGCAGUUGGACCAUUGGAUGAUACAUUUAAAUAUGUUGAAGACCACGUACACGCCAUGGGUGGAGCUUUAAAGAAACUUUGUUCUGGUGUUGUCCAAGAUUUUUUCCCUCUUUCAGUGGAUCCUGUAAACUGUGAAACUAAAGCAAUGGCACCAGAAGGAGAUGCCGCCAUAGGUAGCUGUGGAGAUAAUAAAUCAGUGAUAAGUAUGGCAGAAACUUCAUCAGAUGCUGUGGUAAAGCAAUCACCAGUGCCGAUCAGUGCAAUUGGUCAUGUUGAGAAGCAGCUAGGUCAUAUAUCCACUGGACAUGAGAAUGCGGGUGAAUUAAAAAAUGCAAUGUCCAUGGAUAGCCAUGAAAAGUCUGACUCUAUAUUGGCACCCGGUAAAAUCAAUGUUUUGACAAAUGAAAAUUCAGAUGAACGGUUGGAGCUAAAUUCUCAAGGUGUUGCAGAAUCAUUGGAAGCAUCAUCACCAGUUGAUAUUCUGGGUGAUGAUGGAGGGUGUGAUUUUGGUGCUUCGAGUGACCUGUCUGAAACUGCUGUCUCUGUUGUAUCUGGUGAAGAAACCAUAACAGGAACAGGAACUAUUUCCUUUAGUAGUUCCAUCUCGAGGGAUUCCACCUAUACUCCUGGAUAUUCAUCUGAUAUCUCAUCUGCAGAAGAGUUUGUCUCUGAUAGUCGUAGACAGCUCCUUUCAUCUACACCAGCUUCAACUAUGUCUACUAAAGACAGAGCAAUAGAGAAGCAACUUGCUUUCUCCUGUAGUCACCUGUCACUGGAAUCAAAUGAUGACUCCAGUGCUAUUGUUGCCGACUCUGGCCUGGAAACUAUUGACUUGAGUGAUGAGGCGAAGCUUGGAGAGAGCUGUGUCUUUAUAGAUGAUAGUUUUCUCUAUGAUGCAUCCCGCAGAGCUCGAAAGCUUGGGUCGUACAAGAAAAAGAUCCGAGACAUUUUUGCUUCAAAGAGGAGGUUGGCAAAGGAGUACGAACAGCUAGCAAUAUGGUAUGGAGACGCCAGCAUAGAGUCUAGCCAAGACGUGCCCUUUGGCUCAUGGAAUUUGCAAACUGCAAGUGACUCGGAAUGGGAGCUACUGUAAGUAAAAGGGUCUGGUUUCUGUAGAUUACUGCAAAGAGUACAGGUUUUCAUCUUUUUUUCUGCGUAACGACAGUCGUCGUAUUGAACUUAGUAUUUUAUGAUUGAGGUGCCAUUUUUUUUUCUUUCUUUGGCUAUAAUAUGGUUGAGGUAGAGUCUUUGAACUAUGUGUACAUGAAAUAAGGCAGUUAUGCAGCUGUAGCAUAAAUUCAAGCUCGGAAAAAGUUGGAACUACUCUUGAAAUCUUUGUGGUACAAAAUUAAAUAAAUUAGUAUAUUCCU